CAAAACCUUAAUAUCUCGAUCCAAGUCCGGCCCAAGGAAAUCAUGGCCGGGGCUGUUGCGACACGAUACUUCGCGAAAUGGUAGAAACCAUCAAGAGUUGAUGAUGGGGAUUCUCUUCUCGCGUAUCUUUAUCACCCCCCUCGACUUUGUGGGGGUCGUUACUGGUUCGGGGUCUUGAAAUGGAAAAUGGGGUCAGAAGAUGGUUGGUCAACGUCUCGCAGUGGAAUCCUUCUGAGGCUCAGUUUGCAUCCGUUAUUUCUCUCUUUCCGGUGGAUGAGCAGACAGCCAUCACCAGGUACAUAAAGUUCGAGGACAAGAAACGGGCACUUGUCAGUCGAUUACUUCAGUACUCACUUGUGCAUGAAGUUUUGGGUAUACCUUUUGACAAGAUUAUCAUUCACCGCACAGCUGAGGGAAAACCAUAUCUGAAAAAUAGUAUAGAUUUUCCAUUUUCAAAUUUCAACUUCAAUGUAUCACAUCAUGGAGAUUAUGUGGGCAUAGCAUCUGAGCCGCUGUGCCUUGUUGGUUUGGAUAUUGUUUCCAUUACAACCCCCAAGCAAGAAACAGAACUUGAGUUCAUCAAUAAUUUUUCGCCAUAUUUAACUGUUUUAGAGUGGAAGAACAUUGCGCAUGCUGGUAGUUCAGAAGAAAUGUUGGCUCAGUUCUACAGAUACUGGUGUCUGAAGGAAGCAUUUGUAAAAGCUAUUGGUGCUGGGUUGGGCUAUGGCUUGCGCAGAUUAGAAUUUCACCAUACAAACUGGACUGGCAUAUCUGUUUAUAUUGAUGGAGUUGAAUCAAAGAAAUGGAGGUUUUCACUUUCCAAGCUUGAUGAAAAACAUUGGGUGUCUAUAGCAAGCGGACUUCCAAAUAAAGCUGAUGAACUGUGUUGCAGCAAUUUGUCGCUUCCAGAGCUUGGAUUCACCUUCCGCACCGUGGAAGAACUCAUUUCAAAUGUUAAUUGAGGGAGCCUGAUAUUUACAUGAGGGUUUAGUCAAUUAGUAGUUCUUUAGCGGUCUAAUUGAGAUUCCAUUCAGUUGUCACAAGCAAGAUUUGUAGAACGAAUCUGAAUCUUUACUCUUUAUGUAUGAUAGCACCAUUGUUAGGCAUUUGCCCCUACUUUCAUGGCAGAUGACAAUUUAUGUAUGGAUAUUGUUAUACUCUCACAUAUCACUUAAUAUUCAAAGUUUUAUUUCAUUCAAUA